AUGAAUUAAAUUCAAUAGGAGAUUACUCCAAUCCCAACUAAAAUCUUUAGAAAUGCAUAAUGGAUAUCUAAAAACUCAAGCGUAAAUAAAAGAAAGAGUCCUAAUUAUCCUUGUAAGAGAUGGGGUCAUACUGCUGUAUUGCAUGACAAAUACAUGUAUGUUUUCAGUGGGUGUGGUAAAUCAGACAAUGCCAAAUAAUGGGAAUAAAUCUAUCGAAUGGAUUGCUUAACGUUUUAAUGGGAAAGAUUGACUAGUCCUUCUGCUAAACAUCCAGCUGGUAGAGAUUCUCAUUGUUCUGUUUGUCUUGAAAAUAAGCUUUACUUUUUUGGAGGAUCUAGUAAUGAUUACAUAAUGGGUGAUUUUUGGAGCUUCGACAUUGAGACAUCGGAGUGGACUGAAAUUUAAGUGCCAAAGGAUAUGCAGGCCAGAGAAGGUCAUUCAAUGAUAGCAUUAUCAUAGAGAUUGAUAUACAUAUACGGAGGUUGGGACUAGGUACAGAACACUAUGACAGAUUCGCAUUGGCUAUAUGAUGUAAAAACUAAUAGAUUUUAUUAAAUCACAAAUUUCACUGGAGAUGAGAUGAUUAAAUUAGAGAGUCAUACUGCAAACAAGAUUGGAGAGAGCGUUUACAUUUUUGGGGGUCAAGGUUAAAUGUCAUAGAAGCAAUUAUUAUUUUAUAAGGAUUUGUAUAAGUUGGAUUUUGAGAACAUCAAUGAUUUGCAACAAAGAUUCGAUCAAUAAGAUUCUUUAGAGGACAAAAAGUAAAAUGUUGAGACCAAUAUUGUAAUUAAAAUUGAGAAGAUAAAGCCAAAUGGAUCAUAGUAGCCAACACCUCGUGCUUCUCAUUCUGCAGUGGCUUAUGCCGAUCGAUUUCUUUUUGUAAUAGGAGGGGAAGGGUAUAUCGUUUGAAAUAUUUAUCUAGAUAUUAGUAUGAUUAAUUGAAGGACAAUGAAGAUGACGCAUUGGAACAGGACUAAGAUGAUAAUUUUUAGAAUGGGGAAGAGGAAGAAAAGCCUAUAUAUCCUAAGAAUGAUAUUUGGAUAUUUGAAACAGUUAUGAGGGUAGCAUUUGUUAAUUAAAGUGAUAGACUUGGAGCAAAUUGGUACCUAGAUCGAAGACUCCUAUAUUUUAACCAAGAUUUUCACAUAGUUGUAUUGUUUUUAAGGAUCAAUUGAUUGUAUUUGGAGGGUUGAGAAGUAUGGGUGAAGUCCUGGAAGACAUUAUGGUAUUACACUUGAAAGAUAGUGAAAAUCACUUAUAAAAGUUUUCAAGGGACGAGAUGAAGAAUGUUUGUAAGUAUUGUUAAUUGAUUUAUGGGAAUUAAUAAGAGGAGGAUAUCUCUUUCAAUAAGGUAGCAGAGAACAAUGCCAUUCGUUAACCAAAAAUAUCUUUGACCUUCAUUGAUGAGUAAUUUAUUAAUGAGAAUUUUAAUUAGAAUUUCAAAACUAGUUUAAUCACCUAUGUCAUGUUUUGGGUUGUUCUUAGACAAUGCCAAAUUAUCAGAAGCCUCUGAGUUGAAAAUAGAAUAUGCCUAGCGUAUAAGAAGAAAGAAAUCUCAAUAUACGAGUAGUGAUCUCUAAGAGAAAAUCCCAUUAAUAAUUGUAUUUGAGAAGGAAACUAAAGAUUUAGAAGAUUUAAGUGACUUUUUAUUAAAUUUUGAUAUUCCAAAGAAGAAGAUAUGUUUAAACAAAUAGGAUUAUGAACAAAUUACUAGGAAUGGAGGAGAAGGGUUGAUUUAAGAAGAAUAAUAAUAAUUCAAUAAAAAGUAAUAUGCAUUGAAUUUCAAGAUUGCAUCUCUUCGUUUAGGGGAUAGCGUCUUAUUUUGUCAUAAAUCACAGAACAAUUAUUAUGUCUGUUUCAUUUCAAUGAAUAACCUCAAAAAUCCUAGUGAUGAAUCCUUGACAUUCUACAAUUACACUCUGACAAUUAGUAGUGAGAAGGAGAGAAAAGUAGAUUCCCCUUAAAGCAAAUAUCACUUAUUAAAUGCUGUCACUCAUCUUUUAAUUGAAGAAGACUUCAUAUUUAAUUGCAACUACAAUUAUACCAAGAUUUUUAUCUUUGAUCUUGCUAAAAUACAUUCUCAUUAGAAAGUAUUUGAAUUGAGCAUUUAUAAUGAUGACAUCAUCUCUAAUUCAUAUUCAGCCUUUGAUCUCAAAAAGGAUGAAGCCAUUAAAUAUCCCGAUUAUUCGUUAAAGGAAUAUAUUAAAUUCUAUUCCUUGGAUUAACUUCCUUUUAAAGUCUUUGUUUAUGAUCAACUGCAAGUAGCCUCAUCCAUUAAAAAUAAGAUGGAAAAUAAAUUCAAAGUUAUUCUAGCAAAUGGCAAACUAUUCAAUAAAUUGAAUGAAUGUACAGAGUCUUAUGGAAUUUGUAGAUUACCUCAAAACAAUUUAGGGAUAUUUUUAUAUUACUAAGGUAGAUUGAUAAAUAGAUACAAACGAUCUUUGGGAGUAUUUCCAGGAGCAUAAGAGUAAAGCGGAUAUUUAAAUCUCUGCAGAUUCAUCAAACCGAAUAUAACAUCUGAAGUACAUAUUGCAUAUUAUUAUUAUUAGGGUUUCUAAAAUUCAUAUUUAAGUUCAAUUUUGUUUUAAUUACUUGAAUCUUUGGGGGAGGAGUAUGAACCAGAAAAAAGAAAAGAGAUCAAAGUUUGA